AUGUCAGGGUCACUACCAUCCGUAAUGAGAGCAUGGCAAUAUUCCAGCACCAAAGGUGGACUCGAGAAGAACCUCCGCCUCAACGAGUCUGCCCCGGUACCCCAGCCCUCGCCUAACCAGCACCUCGUGCAAAUAUUGGCGACGGCACUCAACCCCGUCGACUUCAAACCUGCUGAGAUUCGACUUCUCAGUCACUUUGCUAUUCCAAAGCCAGCAACUCCCGGCAUUGAUUUCGCAGGCAAAUUAAUCGCCCCAGCGUCUGGCUCGUCUCUGAAACCCGGCCAACUAGUCUUCGGGGCAUCAGGGACAUCACACUUGGCCGGUGGGAGCCUGGCUGAAUACGCCGUCGCCAAGGAAGACCAAGUCGUGGCGAUUCCAGAGGGCUUGGACCCAAUAUCUGCAUCGACAGUCUGCGUCGCAGGACUGACAGCCCACCAAUCGAUCGUCCCCUACGUCAAGGCGGGGGAUAAGAUCUUCAUCAACGGCGGCUCCGGCGGGACCGGCGUUUUUGGUAUCCAGAUCGCAAAAGCCGUCGGGUGUCACGUCACGACGACCUGCUCCAAUGUCAACGUCGACCUCUGCAAAAGCCUCGGCGCCGACGCCGUCAUCGAUUACAAGACGCAGAACGUGGUGGACGCUCUGAAAGCGAGUGGGCACAAAUUUGACCAUGUCGUCGACAACAUCGGCGCAAACUCUCAGCUGUACUGGAAAUGCCACGAAUACACCCGUCCCGGAGCCCUAUUCAUGAUCGUCGGAGCACAAAUCAAUCGCGCCUUCAUUCUGGAUAUGCUGCUGAGAAAGGUGUGGCCCGGCUUCCUGGGAGGCGGGAAGCGACAGUCGGUCGGGUUUUUUCCCGAGCCGAAACCAUCGGAUCUGGAACAGAUUGCGACCUGGAUGAAAGAAGGCAAAGUGAAGGCCGUGGUCGAUGAGAAGUUCCCUUUUGAGCGGGCACCGCAGGCGAUUGAGAAGUUGAAGACAGGGCGCGCAAAGGGGAAGAUUGUGAUUGAGGUCGCUUCGAAUGGCUCCAAUUGA